AGUGCAGUCAGUCAAGUGUAACUCAAACAUGCAUCGAUAUACCCUGUUAUUUGUUGUUGUGUGCCUAGUGGGUAGUGUCGUUUGCCAGGGCGAUCAACAAGCACAGACAUUACGCUCGGAGAGCGAUAACAAUGGCGUCGAUAAAUACUCUUUUGCAUAUGAGACCAGCAAUGGCAUAACACGCAACGAGGAGGGCGUUCUGCAACCAGGAACGGGUGAAGAAUCAGGCGUUUUGCAUGUGCAAGGCUCUACCACGUGGACGGCACCCGAUGGCAAGAAAUACGAGAUUACGUUCACUGCCGAUGAAACUGGCUAUCAUCCCACCUUUAAACAAUUGUAAUAAGCGCUUCAAAGCAAGCUUUACUUUAUGCGAACAUUCUUAAAAAAUUAAAAAAAAAAAAACAAAAACAAAAAAGUUCCCCUUUUGAACAGACUAAGAAAGAAAGUGAUCGAUUUUUGAACCCGGAUUCCGCAAAUCAAGAAUUGCUCGUUGUUAGCCAAGUACAUAAAAAAGCACAUGUUAUGCAACAAUCGCCAUUUCCAUAACGCGUUCUAGGCGCCAAAAGAAAUGAAAAGUAUGACGCAAGGUCAGGCGACGAUUUCAGCUUCAGCUGCUCAAACUGGAUUCCAGUUUUUUCUUUAAUUUUUUGCCGUUAUCGGCUUCUGUCUCUUUAACCGAAGAGUUUUUUUUUUACAUUUUUUUUACUUUUGAUUUUUGCGACCUUCACGUUCAUUUUGCAUCAUCAACGAAAUUUGCAAAUUUUUGUGUGAAUAAACGUGUUUUUUUGUUGUCUUUUA